AGUAGAAAUAAUCUAAUCUAACCUUGCUUUUUAAUAUUCUGACUGACCUAAUAAUUCUAAUUCCUGAGAUUUUUAAGGAGCAUAAAAUUGUAAUUCGUAGUACAUAGAAACUCCAAAAAAAAAUGAAGAUUAUUUCAGCAUUAUUAGCUAGAGGAAAUCCCAAGGAACCAGUACCCUUUCAAGAAAUUUUACCACUUAAAUUAAAGCCUGUAGUUUCUGGUAAGGGCGACAAGUCUUCCGACGUUUGUUGUGUACAUGAAAUGAGCAUUAUGUUAUCUUGUUUUAAAGAAAAUGAAUUUAAUCAAUCUUUGUGUUCCAAAGAAAUAGAAAUGUUCAAAACAUGUUACAAAAAUCAUAUGGAUACGAAAAGGUUGAAAAAAGCUAAAGAAGCUAAAGGUAUUCUUACUCCUGGAGAAAAAUCAUUAUCACAUAAACAAAUUAAUGUAUUAUUGAAACAGUUUCCAAAUAAAACAUAAAAUAUAUAUUAUUAAAUAGUUAUUAUAUUUAAGUAGAUUAAUAAAGAAAGUUAAACAAG